AUGUAUGGCAUAUUAUUGGAAGCUGCUAAACAUUAUAUUUUAGACAAUUUUGGUGAGAAUACAUGGAUAUGGUUAUCUAAAAAGUUGACUGGUGAAGAAUUAGUUAUUCAAACUAGAAAAAUAUAUCAUGAUAACUUGAUGAUAACACUGGCCACAAUAAUGAGUGAUUUAUUAUUUACAGAUAAAGAUACAAUUCUAUUUGAUAUUGGACGUUAUACCAUACAAUAUUUAAUUAAAAAUGGUUUUGAAAAACUACUUCGUGUAUUUGGUAAAACAUUUAAGGAUUUAUUAUUAAGCUUAAAUGAUCAUCAUGAUUAUUUACGUUAUAGUUAUCAUCGUAUUAGACCACCGACAUUUGUCAUAUUAUCUAGUACAUCAAGUUGUAUAAUGUUAGAGUAUACGACAAAAAGACCUGGUUAUAAUCAUUAUACAAGGGGAUUAUUAGUUGAAGUAGCCAAACACCUUUAUCAGCUACAUUUAAUUAUCAGAAUUAAUUCAGAAUCACAUGAAGGUGCAAUAUAUCGAACUGUAUUUUCACUAGAACUAUGCAUUGGUGAAAGUUUUAUCGAAAAUGAGAUCUGUAUGACUAAGACUGGAUUAACUUCAAUGAAUAUGUUUCGGAGAAUUUCAAAGACAAACUUUUUCAAAUUAAUACCAUUUCAUUUGUUAAUCGAUAAAAAUUUGAUGAUACAUAGUGCAGGCCAACGAUUUCUAGAGUUUCAGCCAAAUUUAAUCAAUAGUAUAUUUCAAGAGAAUUUCGUGAUCUUAUUGCCAAUUAUGAAACCUUUAUUUGAUCGGAUUUUGAUGUUUGCUUCGUCCACGUUUAAAAUUGGGCUAAAAAUCGAUAAAAGGAAUCCAAAUAAGGAUCGUAAAUCUAUGUUACAUCUUAAAGGUCAAAUGAUUUAUAUAAAAGAAUGGUCUAUGAUACUUUUUAUUGGUAAACCAAAUUUUUUAGAAGUCAAAUCUUUCAUUGAUUUUGGACUCUAUUUACAUGAUAUUCAUUUAUAUGAUACAAACGUUGAAAAAAUGAUUGUAGGAGAUAUAGAGUCUAAAAAUCUUUUAUUAUUGUUAGAAAAACAAAAAAGAAAAAGCAAAGAGUUAUCAAGAAUAUCCAAAAAACUUGAUAAACAACGAAUAAAAACCUAUCAACUAUUGGAACAAUGUUUACCUAAAGAAGUUGCAAAACAAAUAAGUCAAGGAAAACAUUCUUCAGAAACAAUGAAGGCAUAUGAUUCAGUGACAAUAUGCUUCACAAAAGUGGUUAAUUUUUCUAGUUAUUCAAGUCGAAUGUGUCCACAUAAAAUUGUCGAUAUAUUAAAUCAAAUGUACACAUUAUAUGAUUCAAUGACUGAAUCACAUAAUGUUUAUAAGGUUGAAACAGUCAAUGACAGUUACAUGCUGGUAUCCGGUGCACCAAGUCCAUCAUAUUUACAUUCAGCUCAUAUAACUGAAAUGGCUCUAGAUAUUCUAGAAGUUACAAAACAAAAUUUAUUUUGGCCUAAUGAAGCUGUUUCGGAUAAUUUAACUGUAACUCAAUCUGAACAAAAUAUACCGCUACAAUUAUACAUUGGUUGUCAUACUGGUCCUAUUGUUGCUGGAAUUGUUGGAUUUAAAUCACCAAGAUAUUGUUUAUUUGGUGAUACAGUGAAUACUGCUAAUAGAAUGAUGAGUACUGGACUACCAGAUACAGUUCAUAUUAGUUCGGACCUGGCAAAGAACCUAUUUAAUUAUCCUUAUAUUCUUGAAUAUCGAGGUGAACAGACCAUUAAGGGUAAAGGAGAAAUGACCACUUAUUUCGUUAAAAGCCGUAAAGAAAAAUUUACGAUGAUUGAUGGAACAACUGGAGAAGAGUUGAACUUCCGAAAUUUGUUGAAAGAAGAUGCUGAAAAUCAUUACAGACAAAUAAAUGAACUAAAUCACUCAUAUUUAGAAGUUAAUGAUGAUCAUUAUGCAAGUGAACCAAGUACGGCUACUCCUUCUGAAGAUGAGGCAGAGAUAGAAGAAAUUCAAAAUGAUUACAAAGCUCAGGAAACAAAUCUAAAAACAAUCAACACUAUAGCCAUUCAAAGUAAUGUCUCGGCUGAGCACUGCUUCAAAAAUAAUCAAAAGGAACAUGAAGUACAAUUUAAACAAAUGGAUUAUUUGCAAACGACACGAAAUUUACCAGAAUUAAUAUCACUAGAACAGAAUCAAUCAGAAUAUACAAACAAACUUGUGAAUGAAAAUGAGCGAAUAGAAUUAAUUCAGUCUUUUAAAUCGUCUAAAUCGUUAAUAUUUCAGAAAAUAGUUAAUCCAUUAACAUUAGGAUUAACAGAGAUUGGUGUUGUUCAACCUGAAAAUCCACUACAAUAUCUAGGCGACUGGCUUUGCGAAUUUACAAAAAAUUCUGUGAAUGAAGACUCAUGAAGUUGCCAGUAGUGUAACAGUCAUUUUAGUAACAAUCAAUCAUGUUACAUUUUUAUGUUUUGUGAAGUAUUAGUUUAUCUUUUUGAUGUUACAAUAAUUGCAUAUUUCAUUUUUUUCAUUAAAUCACUCUCUCACAAAUAAAUACAAACAAAU